GUCACCCUCUGCAGCGCUCCGCCCGCACACCAGGUGGCGCUGCCGCACCCUCAGCGGCCGCGCGGCGCAUGCGCAGCGUGACGGAGCGGGGUGCGCCUCGCCGCCAUCUUGCCCCGGGCAAGGCCCCGCCGCCAUGGAGCCGAGCGGGGCGGGGCGGAAGGAGCGGCCGAAGCCGCGGGAGCCGGCGGCUCGCCUGGAGAAGGCCAAGCAGAAGUCGGCGCAGACGGAGCUGAAGCAGAGGCAGAGGGCGGAGAUCUAUGCCCUCAACCGAGUGAUGACCGAGCUGGAGCAGCAGCAGUUCGACUCCUUCUGCAAACAGAUGCAGGGCUCUGGAGAGUGAGGGGGCACACACAGCCAACCCCCCCCCCCAACUGACCCUCGACCCCCACACACACAUCUGCCGCCCCCCCCCCCC